AUGAAUUGUGAAUCUACUUCCACGUUCGAUACCUCGAACAUCCUCGAUGAUGAUGAUCUCCAGAUAAAUGAUUUCAGUGAAAUCCCUCUACAUGCCUCGCCAGUGAAAAGGCCGUCUACAACUCCAUAUGAUGCUUCGCCGUCGAAGUCACCUGCUUUCCUCAAUAUGAAUAGCUUCCCAGAUCUUCGAACACUGCCUAAUGAGCUCUUUCAGGUCACACACCAUCUCCGAUCAAGAGAAUUGCUCGAUAAACCACUCAAGAACGACAAGAUUGAAAAGCUCCUUAGCGAGCUAGAAGAGGAUAACAGCGACUUUGAGCUUGAUGAUCAGCUACGCACAAGAGUGUUUCGUGCUCGCUUGAGGAAGCAGCCUUCAGACUCAUUGGACAUGAAGUUGGACUCUUUUCUAGACGACAGCUCCACAAAGGAGUUCUCUCAACAACGGGUGGCAAAACGAUUUAACGAUGAAAACAAGGAAAAUAGCCUACGUCCCAGCAAGAAGCUCAGGCUCUCUGACAGACCGAGAAGGAGCAUGUCUUCCAUUCCUUCCUUACAGCCAUUGUCCAAUAUCACCGAUACAAAUUCAAGAAGUCCUAAUCGCUCCCCUCAGCGUAUAUGCGUGCCUAGGAUGCGAAGGCCUCUGAGGCCCUGUCUCAAAGAGCUGCUGCUGCGGCUGCCAAUACAAAUAUUCAUGGUCGAAUCGCUGACAGGGCUAGUCAACGACGCUACUCAGUUUGGCACAGAGCUCAAUGCCUCCAAUUGCGAGGGUUUCCUCAUGCCAGAUAACGUUAAUGAGAUUGUUCAGAUCCCACGAACGAAGUGGGCCGCUGGCAAAGAAGAAGCUAGCUAUCAUCAAGGCUCAUCAUAG